AUGUACAUCCCGGAUCGUACAUUGACUGAGUCGGGCAACGAGGCUCAUCUUGCUAUCAACUACGUCGGGCACUUCUUACGCGCCAAGUUACUGGUCGAGCAUCUGAGGUCUCCUGUGGUCUCAGGGCGUGUGAUCAAUGUAUCGAGCAGCGCUCAUACUGUCUCGCCCUUCCGCUUUAGCGACCCUCACUUCAUAGGAUCAUCGGAUCUGCCUCCUGACCAAGAGCCCUCCCGUGAAGCAUGCAGGGCUUUUGGAAUCCCUUGGGAGUCUGGCUACUCACCUCUGGUGGUAUAUGCGUUGCCCAAGACUGCCGUUACUUUACGUGCCAGGGCCAUUUUAUCUGGCGUUCUCAAAGAUGCAAUCACGGCGUUCUCUGUCAACUCAGGCGGUAAAUGA